AUGCGAGCCGAGCUUCAAGGGCGAAUGAGGACACAGCAGGACCUUCGAGACGCCAUACAGAAUUAUGAGGUGUGCGUUUCUUGCUCGGAAAGUCACCAUGAGUCCGACAUGAUUCGGAACAGCUGUUCACAUGUCUAUUGCCAAGGAUGUGUCAUCCGCCUUCUUCAAAACUCCCUAGCUGAUGAAAGCUUGUUCCCUCCUCGUUGUUGCCGUCAACCUUUGCCAUUAGAAGCUGCGCGUUGUAUCAUCGAUGAUGGGCUGUGGGCGAGGUUUGAGGAAAAGACAAUUGAACACGGACAUCAACAUCGCACUUAUUGCUCAGAUCCUGCCUGCUCUCGAUACAUUCUGCCAGCAUAUGUCCAUGGUACAAUCGGAACCUGCAGAUUGUGUAACCGACAAACUUGUACCCUCCGCAAGAAGAUCAAUCAUCAGGGAGAAUGCGUUGACGACCGUGCAGAGGUCUAA